GAGGAGGAGGGUCUGGGCUCUGGAGGAAGGCACACAAAACGUAAACAAUCCUGAAAGUUCAAAUCCCGGGUAACUAAAUGGUUAAACGCGUCACUUCUAUUUAGUUUCCCAGCACAGGGCGAGUGUCUUUUCGAAUCACUGACCGAAAAAAACAACCGGAGUAAAAAGUUAACAAAGCGUUGAGAGCACUCGGAGAAGACGCCAAAAUGUCGACUUUUCCUCACCAUCAGGGGACCGGGCGGGAGUAUCCAGAUGCGGCCCCGGGACGGAGAUCACCGGACCGGGAGCCAUCAUCAGGGACAGACCCUCCAGGGACAUUCAGAGACAACUCUUUCUCUCAGAUGAACAAAAUGCCCGCUCGGGAUUCAGACAAGCGCAAAACAACCAGCGAGCCGACGCAAAUUCAUCUCCAGCCCUACUUGCUUCGGCCCCGCAUGUCGCCGGAGCGCAUGUCGGUGUACAGCAGCGGAGCUCGGCCCAUCCUCACCCACUCCUACAUCCAAGGACGUGUCUAUAACUUUCUGGAAAGACCGUCCGGCUGGAAAUGCCUCUUUUAUCACGGCACUGUGUUCCUGAUAGUUCUUGCUUGCCUGAUUCUCAGUGUCCUCUCAACCAUGGCCGAGUACCACACCCUGACUUACAGGAGUCUCUACUGGGUGGAAAUUUUCCUUGUGGUCUUCUUUGGUGUGGAAUACAUUGUCCGGCUCUGGUCAGCAGGUUGCCGCAGUAAAUAUGUCGGCUUCUGGGGCCGACUACGAUUUGCUAGGAAGCCAAUAUCUCUUAUAGAUUUGAUUGUUGUGGUUGCUUCCAUACUCGUGCUAGCAUUUGGUUCCAAAGGACAGGUGUUUGCCACCUCUGCAAUGAGAGGGAUUCGCUUUCUGCAGAUCGUACGAAUGCUCCAUGUAGACCGCCAGGGGGGAACAUGGCGUCUUCUGGGUUCUGUUGUCUACAUGCAUCGCCAGGAGCUGAUCACAACCUUAUAUAUUGGCUUUCUAAGCCUGGUCUUCGCUUCCUACAUUCUCUACCUGGCAGAAAAAGAGAACGGCCACUUCGACAGCUAUGCUGACGCCCUGUGGUGGGGUGUGAUAACAGUAACAACCGUCGGCUAUGGCGACAUCAUCCCUGUAACAUGGCUUGGAAGGACCAUUGCGUCGUUUUUCUCUGUCUUCGCCAUACCCUUCUUUGCACUUCCUGCGGGAAUUUUAGGCUCAGGCUUGGCACUGAAAGUACAGCAGAAACAAAGACAGAAACAUUUCAACCGACAAAUUCCUGCUGCUGCAAGUCUUAUUCAGACAACAUGGAGAUGUUUUGCAGUGGCAAACAGUGAUUGUGCCACAUUUAAGAUGUUUUUGAAAAAGAAAUCCAGCUCCCAGAACUCAUCACUGUCAACCACAAAGCUUAAGUCAACGGUGAGGAUGAGAAAGAAGCAGAAGAGCAUCAACGAAGACAGGAAUCCAAAUUUUCUUGGAGCUCCGAGCAAUACCUGUGACGCUGUUUACGAAAAUAGGAGGUACCUGGACUCUAAUGCGUACAGCACUGUGGAUAUAGAUCAGCAGCCAUCUUUGACGUCUUUUUCUUCGCUGCCGUUGAACUCACCACCAGCAGAGAAAAGAAGUCCCGAUCUUCAGGAUGUCGAUUCUCCCAGUGGCCUGCAGAAAAACUGCUGUUUUGCAGACGACCUGGAACAGGAGUCAGAGCGAGACUGUGGUCUGGAUGCGGCUACUUCUGUGUCACAACUAACUGAGUCUCACAGACGAGCCAUCCGUGUGAUCCAGAGGAUGUGCUAUUAUGUGGCCAGGACAAAGUUUCAGCAAGCUCGUAAGCCAUAUGAUGUCCGGGAUGUCAUUGAGCAAUACUCCCAGGGUCACCUCAACCUCAUGGUGCGGAUCAAGGAAGUCCAGAGAAGACUGGACCAGUCAUUAGGGAAGAUUACAAUGUUCCAGACAGGAGCAGACGGUGCCAGAGACAGGGGAAACAACUCCAUUGGAACCCGUCUCAGCAGGAUGGAGGACAAGAUGACAAACAUGGAUCUGAUGCUGAAGCGCAUUGCGAACUCCCUGACUUCUUUGCUGGACCAGAGGGACGCCAGUGGGGUUGAAGGUGGCGGUAGUCUGAGGCUACAGACGACCAAUGUCUUACACAACCAGGAUAGCCUGCCAAGCUAUGAGCAGCUGACUUUGUCGCCAAGUUGUCCAAUCACAAUGUCUGGCACAUCAGAGGAUAGCAACUAAUAUCUAAGUAUCAAUCUAAUCCAUCAGCGGGCCUUCUGCUCUCUUUAGAGGACAGUUAAAAAAUAUACAGUAAUAGUCAAAAGUGUACAUACACUUGCAAAGAACAUAAUGUCAUGGCUGUCUUCAGUUUCCAAUAAUUUCUACAACUCUUAUUUUUUGUGAUAGAGUGAUUGGAGCACAUACUUGUUGGUCACAAAAAAUAUUCAUGAAGUUUGGUUCUUUUAUGAAUUUAUUAUGGGUCUACUGAAAAUGUGACCAAAUCUGCUGGGUUAAAAGUAUACAUACAGCAAUGUUAAUAUUUGGUUACAUGUCCCUUGGCAAGUUUCACUGCAAUAAGAAGCUUUUGGUAGCCAUCCACAAGCUUCUGGCAAGCUUCUGGUUGAAUGUUUUGACCACUCCUCUUGACAAAAUUGGUGCAGUUCAGCUAAAUGUUGGACUUGUUUCUUUGGCAUUGUCCACACGUUUAAGUCAGAACUUUGGGAAGGCCAUUCUAAAACCUUAAUUCUAGCCUGAUGUAGCCAUUCCUUUACCAUUUUUGACGUGUGUUGGGGGUCAUUGUCCUGUUGGAACACCCAACUGCGCCCAAGACCCAACCUCCGGGCUGAUGAUUUUAGGUUGUCCUGAAGAAUUUGGAGGUAACCCUCCUUUUUCAUUGUUCCAAUUUUGUUUCAUCUGACCACAGAACUUUCCUCCAGAAGGUCUUAUCUUUGUCCAUGUGAUGUCAGAUGAAAAAAAAAUUGAGCUGUUUGACCACAAUACACAGCAAUAUGUUCGGAGGAGAAAAUCCCAGGAACACCAGGCCUACCGUCAAGCAUGGCGGUGGUAGUAUUAUGCUCUGGGCCUGUUUUGCUGCCAAUGGAACUGGUGCUUUACAGAGAGUAAAUGAGACAAUUUACUACAGAAAUUAUUGGAAAACUCAAGACAGCCAUGACAUUAUGUCCUUCACAAGUGUAUGUAAACUUUUGACCACGACUGUAUAUAUUACUUUUUGUUUACAGACAUAUAAUAUACAUUGAUCUAAAACAUAAAGUAUAUAUUCAAUAUACACCAGACAGAAUAUACCUAAACAAUCAGGCUAAAUCUAAAGAUUAUAACUACAAAUUCUAAAUAAUUAUGUUUUGAUUAACAGAAAGAUGACUAACAAAACCUAACCUAGUCGUGCUGAGAGUUCUAGUAUAAAAAGACCUCUCACUGUAAGCACAUGUACUCUGUAUUGUCAAACUACAAAUGCAUAUUCCCACUGGGCAGCUGUGUGCUUAGCUGAAAUACCAAUAAAGGAAAUUAAUUGUGGACAAUUUAACACACAAGUACAGUGGUAACUCGGUUUUAGUUAGAAAGCCGUUCCAAAAGGAAGAUCAAACCGUACAAAAACCGUAAAGAAAACAUUUCUCAUGAGAAAUAGUGCAAGUUUAAUUCACCCGUUCCAAACACCCAAAAAUAUUAACACAAACAGAUUUUAUAGAGAGUAAUUAUAGUUUUACAUGCAGACAACAGUGUAAAAUACAGAUGCUGUGUUUUACGGACCUUAAGGCGCACCGGAUUAUAAGGCGCACUGCCAUUUUAGCUUGGUCGACCACUAUUGGUUUUCACUUGCGGGACGAAAUCACAUGUCGGAUUACCAGCUAUAUGAUUUUUGUAUUGAUUAGUGGCCGUGAUCUGGCCAUUCCAGACGUCUGCGGUAGAUUCCAAGUAGAUUGCGAUGUAACAAAAAAGGUGCUUGGAUUUGUGCGUGCGAACACUUUCAUACAUCUGAAUGUUUUACUGGCGUACAGCAUUUUCUGGAUUUGAUCGCACAUCCGUAUUUAGUAGGAAAGCCACGCAACUCUUUGUACAUGAGGCCCUGGAGAGGAUUGUUUUUCAUGAAAUGAAAAAUACUGAUAAGUACAGCAAUGGUUGGGGGCGCACAAAGAGGAGGGUAAAAUACGGUUGUUACCUUACUCUGUAAAACGCAGGCUUGACAAGUGUGAAUUAUUUGGCCAGUGAAUUCCCUCCUGUGUUUUGGGAUUGUUCCACCUGGGAUCAGAUGAUGUUGUCUUUUUUCCAAGUGCCUCGUUUUCGAAAGCACUUUUUUAUUUUAAUAUUAAAACAUGUAUUACUAUUACAUGCUGUAAUCACUAUAUGAACUCCAUGGUAUUUGUAUUGAUGUAUUCAUUAUUAGCAAUAAAAGGUUUAUCAAAUCUCUCCAUGGUACUUAUCAUGCUUUUAGCAAAUACUGUUG